AAAUAUAUGAAUAACUAUUUCAUCCUAGUAUAUCUCUCUAAAUCUUCCUUACUUCCUUUGGUUAUUAAGUUAUCAGGUUAUGAUCUACACUGUCUUCAAAUUGAUUACCUUACAUAUGCAUUUCACAUUAUUGCAAUACAUUGUUUCGCUUCGUAAUUUCUUCUCUCUCAUACAGUUGAAAUCGUUCAGUCGUACAUAUCCACAAUCAACUGCCGGUCAACCUGUCCAACUGGAAUUCGAUGUAGAUUCAGGUGUGUUUUAUUAUGCUUUUAUACCAACACAGAAGAAUUGUACAAAUGUGAACUCAGCAUUGUUAGUUGCAGAAAUUUUUGCUCCAAUGUCGAUUCAUUAUCCACAUGGAAUGAGGACUCGUUUCAUCCCAGAACAAUUAUCUUAUAAAGUGUAUGAAAAUAAUACUAAUUUAAUAUUUGUUUAUAUGCCAUGUACUUUGAUGAAGACGAAUAUUGAACUUAUAGAAAUAACGAUCAUACCAAAACAAAAUUAAGAUAAUCAUUCAAACAGUAAUAAUUUUAUUUGUUUACUAGUUUAUUCGAAAUCUGUAUCCAUUUUGUUGAUUGUUAAUUCGUUGUUAUUUUUGCAUCUUUUAACUUAUUUUGGAUAAACUAAAGAAAGUCAACUUGAUGGAAUGUUUGAAACUUACUUUCAUUUUGCG